AUGGAGUUCGAGAAAAUCGUUGAAAUCAGUGAGCGGACGCUUGAUGUACAAUCAAGUCGUAAGUUAUCGGAAUUAUUAUUGGCGCAGAGUUCGAUAGACGCAUUAAAUCGCGCAGGGUUUAUUUACGCGUCACCAAUACAGUGGGAAGCAUUGCCUAUUGGAAUGAUGGGCUUUGAUAUGCUCGUUCAAGCAAAAUCUGGCACGGGUAAAACACUUGUUUUUGCUCUACUUGCAUUAGAAGGAAUAAAUGCUCAAUUAGCAGCAACGCAAGUGAUGAUAGUCGCUCCUACACGUGAAAUUGUUGUCCAGAUACAAGAUUUGUUAAAGCGUUUGGCUCCACCUGUUUUCAGAAUCAGGUCAUUCUUUGGCGGAGAAAAUAUCGUGGAAGAUUUGAAAGCCCUUGCUAAAGGAGUGCACAUAGCUGUCGGGACAACGGGACGACUCUGUCAUCUUGUUAAUAUCAAGAAACUUAAGACAGAUCGAAUUCGUCUUUUCAUUCUUGAUGAAGCUGAUAAAUUGAUGGAAGAAGCUUUUGUUAAAGACGUAAAUUUUUUGUUUUCAAGUUUACCCAUUGAUAAACAGGUAGCAGUCUUCUCAGCGACGUAUCCUCAUAACCUCGAUUUCAUGUUGGCGAAAUAUAUGAGGAUUUCAGAUGCGCAGUUGAUUCGUAUGAAUGUUUCUGAUGCGCAAUUAAUAGGAAUUAAACAGUAUGUGAUAAUAAAUAUUAAUGAUAAUACCAAUGGUGUGUCUUCUCUUAUUAAGCUCUUGAAUUCAUUUGUAUAUAAUCAGUGUCUAAUUUUCGCAAAUUCAAUCGAGAAAUGUGAAAGAAUUUUUAAUGAAUUGAAAGGGAAGGAAUUAAAAGUGAUGCUUAUGUCAAGCGCUUUAUCGCAAGAAGAACGUUUAAAAGUAUUAAAAAAACUGAAAAAUUCUACCAUAAAAAUACUUAUUACAACUGAUUUGUCUGCUCGAGGAAUAGAUUCUGCUGGUGUCAAUCUUGUAUUCAACAUGGGCUGCUGCGUAAAUUCUGAAACUUAUUUGCAUAGAAUUGGGCGUGCUGGUCGAUUUGGUGGGUAUGGAACUUCAUUUACUAUUUUAACAACUGAAAAUGAUGUACGACGUUUCAAUUAUCAAGUUGCUGAAGCUAAGUUAAAAGUGAAAUUAUUAGAGAUUGAAGGUGAACGACCAGCGGACAUUUGUGAGAAUAAAUCAUUUUAUGAUUCUUGUUGUGAUUUUAAAGUUAAUUUUUAUGCAAUUUUUUUUAUGCCAUUUUUUGAAAUAAGAUUUCUUUUUAUCCCAUUUAUCGAGCAAAUAAUUUUCAAUUUUUGA